CGGGGCAGCGCCGGGGCCGGCGCCGAGCGGGCCUGGUUUGGAUUUUCCAAGGACCUGAGAAGCACCAGGAGCAGGCAGGACUGGCCCCAGGAGUGAGUGUUUGCAGAGCCCAGGGAGGCUCUCGCAGACUUCAGCAGCCUGCUCAACACUCGGUGAAUUAGAGAAAGUGACUCCCAGAGCACCUUGGCUGUAUGAACUCUUGAGCUGUCAGGGGACUGAGAGGCUUAUGAAGAGGUUCUGUCAGGCAAAACAGUGCUUAGCAAAGACACCAAGGAGGAGGGAAAAGGAGAAAGGGAGGGAGAGAGAGCUGAAAUACUAACAAACCAUGAGAUCGAUCCGAUCUUUUGCUAACGAUGACCGCCACGUAAUGGUGAAACAUUCAACCAUUUAUCCAUCUCCAGAGGAGCUUGAAGCUGUCCAGAACAUGGUCUCAACAGUAGAAUGUGCCCUUAAGCAUGUCUCUGACUGGAUGGAUGAAAAGAACAAGUCUGCAAAGUGUGAGGGUGAUGUGGAAGCCAAGGAGGAAGCUGCAGAAGGCAGUGCCAAGGAUCAAGGUGGUCGGACAUUAUGUGGCGUUAUGAGAAUUGGCUUGGUUGCAAAGGGCUUGCUGAUCAAAGAUGAUAUGGAUCUGGAGCUGGUUCUCAUGUGCAAAGAAAAACCCACAAAGUCCUUGUUAUGUAUUGUUAAAGACAAUCUCCCAGCUCAAAUUCAGAAACUUACAGAAGAGAAGUAUCUGGUGGAGGAGCAUGUAAAUGAGGCAGCUAUUGUUAUCCAUAACACAAAGGAGCCCAAGCUCACUUUGAAGGUGAUACUCACAUCCCCUCUCAUCCGAGAUGAAGCAGAGAAGAAGGAAGGAGUAGAUAAUGUUGCGAUGAAAGAUCCUCCGGACUUAUUGGACAGGCAGAAAUGCCUGGAGGCCUUGGCGUCUCUGCGGCACGCCAAAUGGUUUCAGGCCAGGGCAAAUGGACUAAAAUCAUGUGUAAUUGUUCUUCGUAUUCUGCGGGAUUUGUGCAACAGAGUCCCCACAUGGGCACCGCUGAAAGGCUGGCCACUCGAGCUUAUAUGUGAAAAAUCUAUAGGUACUUGUAAUAGACCUUUGGGCGCUGGGGAAGCAUUGCGACGAGUGAUGGAGUGUUUGGCAUCUGGAAUUCUGCUUCCUGGGGGCCCGGGGCUGCACGACCCCUGCGAGCGCGAGCCCACGGACGCUUUGUCUUACAUGACAGUUCAGCAAAAAGAAGCCAUUACACACAGUGCUCAGCACGCGCUCAGAUUAUCAGCCUUUGGGCAAAUCUAUAAAGUUUUGGAAAUGGAUCCCCUCCCAUCAAAUAAAUCAUUUCAGAAAUAUUCCUGGUCAGUAACUGACAAAGAAGGUACAGGCUCAUCUGCUCUGAAGAGACCGUUUGAAGACAGUGUUGGGGAUGAUAAAGAUCCAAAUAAAAAGAUGAAGCGUAAUCUGAGGAAAAUACUAGAUAGUAAAGCAAUAGAUCUCAUGAAUGCUCUGAUGAGGCUGAACCAAAUCAGGCCAGGGCUUCAGUAUAAGCUGCUGUCACAGUCUGGUCCAGUCCAUGCCCCAGUCUUCACAAUGUCUGUAGAUGUUGAUGGUACGACUUAUGAAGCAUCAGGACCUUCUAAGAAAACAGCCAAGCUCCAUGUGGCAGUGAAGGUUUUACAAGCAAUGGGGUAUCCAACAGGUUUCGAUGCAGAUGUGGAGUGUGUAAGUUCUGAUGAAAAAUCAGAUACUGAAGGUAAAAAUGAAACAACGUCUUCAAUCUCAAGCAAUAAUAAUACAGGCAAUUCCACAGCUGACACCUCCACUACCCUAGAGGUAAGAACUCAGGGUCCCAUACUCACAGCAAGUGGCAAAAACCCGGUGAUGGAGCUCAAUGAGAAGAGAAGAGGUCUGAAGUAUGAGCUCAUCUCCGAGACAGGGGGAAGCCAUGACAAGCGCUUUGUGAUGGAGGUAGAAGUAGAUGGGCAGAAGUUCAGAGGUGCAGGCCCAAACAAGAAAGUAGCAAAAGCAAGUGCUGCACUAGCAGCACUUGAAAAACUGUUUUCUGGGCCUAAUGCAGCAAAUAACAAGAAAAAGAAGAUUCUUCCUCAGACUAAAGGGGUUGUCAAUACAGCUGUUUCUGCAGCAGUCCAGGCUGUUCGAGGCAGAGGACGAGGUGCUUUAACACGAGGGGCAUUUGUUGGGGCAGCUGCUGCUACUGGAUACAUAACACCAGGCUAUGGAGCACCCUAUGGAUACAGCACAGCGGCACCAGCCUACGGUACGUACAGCCCUGUAAUUAACAUGUUUGAAAUUAUGCAGAAACUGUUGUGGCAGUCCAAAUGUGGCAGUCUGAGGAGAAAUUCAAAGAGAUUUAAGCUCUUAAACCAUGACAACACCACUUUUAUGCCAUAACCUUGUGGUUCUUUUUUGGUUGGAGUAGCUUUUUGCCUCUGCUUUGCCUGGUCUGUGGAAGGACUGCUUGUUCUAAUUGCCUGUUCCCUUCAUACUGGAACCCAGUCAAAGUAGUUCCCUUACUUUUUACAGCCAGUCUGUGCUCCAUUCAAAGACUACCGAAGGGCCUAUUUCAGCAUCUCUGACCCAGAUUUAGCUAAAUGGCAUUACAGUGGCAUUGGUGAAAUGUUUGUCCCCAAGUGUAAGUGACUUGUGGACAAAGCUCCCUUAAUGCUGUCAACUCUUUGAAGUCUAUGGGCAAAUACCUCCACCACUGCUUGGGACACCAGGAUGGGGUUGGGUAGUUGGUACUGGUAGCAAUCAGUCUGUGAGGCAGCCAGGACACGGUCAUUUGCCACAAUGCUCUUCACUAUGAAACAUGUUCUAUUAGGCUGGCAAAGCACUGGUUUCAUGGAGAUUGUUAAAUGAGCUGAUAACCAGAGAGCUGUAUUGGAAGGGUUUUUCUUAACUCAGCUUCUCCCUCCCCACUGGCUUGUUUUACGCUGGACUAACAAUGCAUUCCUCUAACCGGCCCUUUUGGUUACUUUGAAUGAGGUUUAUGUGGCAAUGGGAGCAGGGUACUUUGGAGUCAGUGAUAUGUCCUGGCACACACAGUGUGAGCCCACCAAGACAAGUCCCCCCAGCCUCUGCUGUGGCAAGGACCGGUGAGUCUGCUGCUCAAAUCACCGCCAUGUUUCAAGGCCUGGCAUUUUUCAUAUGGGAAACUUCUGCUUUUUAGCAUUUGUAAUAAGUCAUUCCUCCCAAAUCUGUCUAACUUGGGCAAUACCAACUCCCCUGGUAUCAUUAUAAAAGUUAAAAAUAUUUUGAAAUGUCAAUUACCUGACUUUUCUAGAGGUAUGAGCCUCCAGCAGGGCAAAAAUGCUGCUGCUUUAUGGGAAAAGUUUGCUUUGCCUGACUGGGACCAGCUGGUCCAGUUCUGUCCCGAGAGGGAGAAUGGGCCCACGGGCUGUGCUCAGUGUGGAAUUCUGCCCCCAGAACUGGAAUAACCUCUCUGGUUUUACACCUGCUGACUGGCCCCGUGCUCUGACAGCAGGGCUGUCCCAUGGAGUGUUGUCCUUUGUGGUGCACCACACAAGGAACAGCAACACGUUUUCUCAGAGAAAAAUGAGAGGAAAUUUAGUUUGGGGUAUAGAUUUUUUUUAAAACCCCUUGGUUCUUUUCAAGCAUCAGUCUCAGAGUGCAACUAGGAUUACUGGUAUCUGCAUGUCUGUGUUUUUACAAGCAGUGACAUAGUGUAACAUGAGGAAUCCUUUCCCUGCUGAAGGCAGGAAUACAACUGUUACCAAGUUUCCUUGCAGCUUUUCUUGCUUUUUUCAUUCAUUCCUCUGGGACUUUUUUUUCUUUGGUUUGUUUUUUUUUUUUCUCAUUAUACCUAUUUUGAGAGCUGGAUUUUAAGCACUUAGCUGUAUAUAUGACAUAUCACUGACUUCAAAGCAUUGUGUAAUUGGAUUGCCCCCAUUUUUCACAUAAAGAGUUUCUGUUCUUAAUGUCUUAUGAUUGUGAUGCAAAGUUCUGGGAUAAUGCUUUUUGGCUGUAAGGUAAACAUGUCUCUUUGCCUUUGUAAGCUGUUGCAUGUUGGGAAACUUCACUUUGAUCAUCUGGUGCUCUGGAAUACCUGCUGUUGCUGCUUUGUGAUUUCUAAAUGGAUACAUAGGUUAAAUACUAGAAUUUAAAUAGGCAAGAUGAAAAAACCAAACAAACGUUUAAUUGUGCAGAAGUUUGUGAGGCCACAAGAACUCUAAAAUAAUAAUGAAAUCAGGCAGAUGUCAAUCUUUCCAGAUUUACUCCUUCAACACAGGAGAGGAAAUGCAGAAUAAGGAAGCAGAUGCAGAAUUUACUGUAGGUGCUUGAUUUUUUGGCUGACCUACCUGGAUGCUGACCAAAACUGCUGAACAGUUUCCCUGUGAGUUGUAUUUUAUGCACAGCAGUGCCUGUCUAGAAUAUCUGCAAUUGCAACUGGCCUGUGAAAUUACCUCAACAUAGAACAAGCUAGUAGAGAUUAAUUAAGAUUAUGAAAUAGAGCUUCAAGUCUAAAUACACACUCUGCUUUUGAGACUAUCACUUCCUUGAAUUCUAUCAAACACCAGGACAAAAAUAAAGCAGACUUUAAGCUAUAGCCAUCUGUCUGAAAUAGUGCAAAGUGGUGAAGUGUUACUGUUUAUGGGACUCUGCACCCUGACAUCACAUUGACUGACUGAUCUGGAAAAGGUUAAUGAGAACACUACUGUAAAGCUCUUAUCUGACUUUCUUGGCUUGCUGAACUUAUUUGGAGUCCUCUCCCUUUCUUCUCUCUGUAGGUUUACCCAAGAGAAUGGUUCUGUUACCAGUUAUGAAAUUCCCAACUUACCCCGUUCCCCACUACUCAUUCUUUUAGCACAUGGCAGAAGCUAAUUCCUAUUGAUUGAACAACACAGUACAGUACAGAAUGUUAGAAGAAAAAAAGCCUUUUUAUCCUGUUUUCUUUGAACACAUACUUGAGCAAGGUCAUUUGUAAAGAAACAUCUUUUUCCUACUUUUUGAUUUUAACAAAAUGCAAAUUUAGUUCUCUAAAACUUGAAAAAAAAAUGUUCUGUGAAAUGUUACCUCAUUUUCAAAUAACUUAUACCAGCCUUCUGUUAUAGGGAAGAAGUAGAAGCUUAAAUCUUAACGUUUUAAAUGAAGUAUCCGAUUAUGUAAAAUUAAAUUUGUGAAGGAUGUAUAGAAUAUAAAACACUGAUCACAAAUAAACUGUUUUGUUGUAACACAA